AUGGUGAAGAAGAAAAUAGAUAACCGUAUUAGGGUUAUGAUAGAGAAUGGUGUAAAAUUGGGGCAUCGUACGAUGAUCCUUCUCGUUGGAGACAAAAGUAGAGAUCAAGUUCCAAUUUUGUAUGAUAUGCUAGUAAAAUCUACUGUGAAGGCCAGGCCAACAGUUUUAUGGUGCUAUAAGAAUAAGGAUGAGGCUAUAAGCAAUCAUGGACGUAAAAGAGCAAAGAAGAUAGCAGCGGGAAAGUUGGAAGUGUCAGAAGAAUCUCUAUUUGAUGCGUUCAGAGUUGCAACAACUAUACACGGACGGUAUUAUUCGGAGAGCCACACUAUGCUCGGUCAGACUUAUGGGAUGUGUGUGCUACAGGACUUUGAAGCUCUGACCCCUAACUUGAUGGCUCGCACAGUGGAGACAGUGGAAGGUGGUGGGCUCAUAGUGUUCCUGUUGAAAUCUAUGGACUCUCUGAGGCAGCUACAUUCCAUUACUAUGGAUGUUCAUUCCAGAUUCAAAACGGAAGCGUAUGACACAGUAGUGAAUCGUUUCAACGAGAGGUUCCUCCUGUCCCUGGCUGACAACCCUCGCUGCUUGGUACUGGAUGACUCUCUGACUGUGUUGCCUAUAUCUUCCAAGACUGCACAAGUUGAACCUGUUGAUGGGGUGCCUGAGCGCGUCAAUCCAAAACUGACCGAGUUAAUAUCAUCGUUGUCGGACUCCCCCCCCGGCGGGCCGCUAGUGGCGCUGUGUCGCACGUACGACCAGGCCACUGCACUCGUAGCGCUCAUCAAUACUCUCGCUGACAAACAGGCCAGGCCGCCGCACUGCCUGACGGCGGCCCGCGGGCGCGGUAAGUCGGCCUGCCUGGGACUGUCCAUCGCCGCCGCCGUGGCACUCGGAUACGUCAACAUAUACGUCACCUCGCCACAUCCAGAGAACUUGAUCACAUUGUUCGAGUUCCUGCUCAAAGGCCUCGACGCCUGCCUAUACCAAGAACAUAUUGACUACAACAUCGUAAGGUCCACGAAUCCCGACUUUAAGAAGGCGAUAGUAAGGGUCAAUAUCGCUCGGAAUUCCAGGCAGACUGUGCAGUACAUAACCCCAGACGACCACUCGUUGCUAUCCGCGGCGGACCUGGUGCUAGUGGACGAGGCGGCCGCCAUUCCAUUAGUUCACGUGUCUGCCGCGGCCACCCGCGCCCCGCUGGCGCUGCUGUCGUCCACGGUGUCUGGGUACGAGGGCACCGGGCGGGCACUCUCCUUGAAGCUAUUCGCUCAGCUGCAAACUCAACAUAAUGCUCCUUCGCCUAUAAAACUGGAAGAACCAAUUCGUUACCGGUCAGGCGACCCAGUAGAGGCGUGGCUGAACUCCCUCCUGUGCCUGGAGUCCCCGCCCCCCGGCGCGGGCGCGGGCGCCCCGCCCCCCGCCGCCUGCGACCUCUACCGAGUCAACAGGGACGCUCUGUUCUGUUACCAUAAGGCCGCUGAAGCAUUUCUACAUAGACUCGUUGCUAUUUAUGUUGCUAGCCAUUAUAAGAACAGUCCGAACGACCUCCAGUUACUAGCGGAUGCGCCGGCGCACUGUCUGUUCGUACUACUGGCGCCCACUCCGCCCAACAGUACGUCUAUGCCGGAGAUACUCUGUGUCAUACAAAUGUGUUUGGAGGGAAAUAUAUCGGACAAAUCAGUUCGCGACAGUUUAGGCCGCGGUCGCAAAGCGGCGGGAGAUCUGAUCCCGUGGAACAUAUGUGAGCAGUUUGGUGACAAAGACUUCCCCAAGCUCUCCGGGGCCAGGAUCGUGAGGAUAGCUACACAUCCGUCUUAUCAGAGGAUGGGCUACGGCAAGCGUGCCCUCCAGCAACUAGCCGCGUACUACGCGGGCGACAUUCCUUGCCUCGACGAGGAACAUUCCGACGGGGAGGACACCAACGCUAAUGGGAAUACCAGCACUUUGCAGACUGAGACUAUUGUGCCUAGGGCAAAGCCGCCAACUCUAUUGAAACGUCUAACAGAGGUGAGAGCUGAACACUUGGACUACCUCGGCACUAGCUUCGGACUUACAGAGGAACUCCUCAAAUUUUGGAAGUCACAGAAAUAUGUUCCUGUUUAUCUAAGCCAAAAAGCAAACGAGUUAACAGGCGAGCACUCGUGUAUAAUGCUCCGCGCGCUCCGCCAGCCUGGCUGGCUGGCUGCCUACAGCGCGGACUUCAGGCGGAGACUGGCGCGGCUACUGGCCCGCAGUCUCAGGGGACUGUCCGCCCCACUCGCACUGUCCACGCUGCUCAAUGAUAACGUCGCUAUUGAUAAACCUGCAUUAACAAAAGAGCUAAUAGAGCAGCAACUGUCGGGCCACGACGUGGGUCGCCUGGAGUCAUACAGCCGCCAACAGGCGGACUACAGACUCGUCACCGACCUCCUGGGACCACUCGCCACUCUCGUCUUCCACACUAAGUCCUCGCUCAAACUGGAUGCUGUGCAACAGGUAAUAUUCAUAGCAAUGGGUUUCCAAAUGAAAGACGUGGAUGACAUAGCAAAGGAACUAGGGCUACCAGGCUCGCAGAUCUUAGCGAAGUUCUUCGAAGCUUGCAAGAAGCUAACUACAGUAAUCAACGCAGUUCUAGAAGAUACUGUGGCGAAGGAAAUCGGUAUUGAAGAUAAAAAUACGGAUGACGUCACCAUGGGUCCCGUCAAACAGAGCCUGCAGGACGAAUUGUCUAAAGCUGCCAAGGAAUUGGAGCGCAAACAACGUAAGGAGUUGUCUCGACUGAUGGGCGAGGAUCUGGCACAGUAUCGUAUCAAGGGCAGCGACCUCGACUGGGGCCAGGCCCUCGCCGGCUCCAAGCAGAAACAACUGGUUUCCGUCAAGAGCGGCGAGAAACGUCUAGGCGACGACAGUAAAGAAAUCGACGACCUCAUAGAAGCACACUCACAGAAGAAGAAGAAGAAAAAGAAGCAUGUACGGAACCAGGACUAA